CGGUUGGUUUAUCCCGGGUGAAUUUUUGGGAGAUUUGCAUCCUACCAACCGGGACUAAAGGCCAAUUCUCUACCAGUGCCCGUAGAUUUAAGGCAUCUCGUUCUUCUGUUGAAAAAACCAACCCAUAAGCAUUUUUCUUGUAAAUGUACACCCUAAUGUGGACAUGCUUAACCGAUUCCACCUAUCUUCACUAAUGUACAACCAAGAAGGAGUGAAGGAUAAAGCUAGCCGAGCUAAGCUUGUUCACGUGCUUGGCGUAGGCUUAUUGACCAUACAGUAUUAUAGUGAUUUUUUUAAAAAAGCAAAACUCAUCCUGAAAGCGUUUAAGUCCUAAUCAGAAAUUUUUUUAGUGGAGUGAACUAUAAAGACUAUAUUGGCGGCUCCAUGUUAAUGAAAAAUGGAGUGAAUCGGUUAAACAUGUGUUAUACUAGCUUUGUUCAUUGUAUGUCCAUUGGACGCCUAUUUUUCACCUCCAAAUGAUAUGGAGCGAAUCGAAUUUUUUUGUGUCAUCAGGCUGUUGCUCUUGGUCAUCUCUUAUAGUACCCUCAAUUAUAGUGCCCUCAAGGUCUGCUUGGAUCCACCCAUCUAGAACUAUCCAGCUAAAUUUAACUCUAGUUGAUAUUUUUCAAAAAAAAACUCUAGUUGAUCCAAAUAUGCCCAACUAUUCCAGCUAACAACUCUCGACUAUUUAACUAAUCACUAUCCUGAUUAUCCUAUAUCACCUUAUCUAUUGCAUGUGCAUCCAUCUAUAUAAUACUCUACCAAGUCAAAAAGUAUGUGCGGCUGCACAGAGAGCAGCAGGAAAGCUUUGUACUCCUACUCCUGAUUCCUGUUCCUCUGCACAUUAUAUAAACCAAAUAAACCAACAAGCAGAAGCUCCCGGCCGGCGACGACCGGGCGGCGGCUAACGCGAAGGUGACAGAUCGAGUAUAAAUAACGGACGGCACGUUAGGUGACGUUGCCCGUGUCAGACACGGGGCCAGCCAUAGCGAGCUGCCGCUCCGCAGCUCAGGGACACUACACUGAGUCACUGACCAGCUGACACGUGACGAGAUAUAUCAAGCGAGGAGGCAGAGAUAAACUAAGGUAUAGCUCGUCGGAAAUGGCACCGCAAGAGUCCGGCGUCGUAGCACCGGGCGGCGGCGGCAAUAAGCCGCACGCGGUGGUGGUGGCGUACCCGCUGCAGGGCCACAUCAUCCCCGUGGCGCACCUCGCGCUGCGGCUCGCGGCGCGGGGCUUCGCCGUCACCUUCGUCAGCACGGAGGCCGUGCACGACCAGACGGCGCGCGCGAUGGGCGUCGACGACCCGGACGGCUACGACGUCUUCGCGGCCGCGCGCGCGUCGGUGGCGUCGGGCGGCGAGGGGGAGGAGGAGCUGGACGUGGCGUACGAGCUGGUGAGCGACGGCCUCCCCGUGGGGUUCGACCGGUCGCUGCACCACGACGACUUCAUGGGCGCGCUGCUCCACGCUCUGCCCGCGCACGUCGAGGAGCUGCUCCGCCGCGUCGUCGUGGACCCGGCCGCCACGUUCCUCGUCGCCGACACCUUCUUCGUGUGGCCCGCGACGCUGGCCACGCGGCUCGGCGUCGCGUACGUGUCGUUCUGGACCGAGCCGGCGCUCAUCUUCAACCUCUACUACCACAUGGACCUGCUCACCCACAACGGCCACUUUAGAUGCAACGAGCCUCGCAAGGACACGAUCACGUACAUCCCUGGCGUGCCGUCGAUCGAGCCGACGGAGCUCAUGUCGUACCUGCAGGAGACGGACACCACCUCCGUGGUGCACCGCAUCAUCUUCAAGGCGUUCGACGAGGCCCGCCGCGCCGACUACGUCCUCUGCAACACCGUGGAGGAGCUGGAGCCGUCGACCAUCGCGGCUCUGCGCGCCGAGAAGCCCUUCUACGCCGUGGGCCCCGUCCUCCCGGCGGGGUUCGCGCGCAGCGCCGUGGCCACGUCCAUGUGGGCCGAGUCCGACUGCUCCCGGUGGCUGGACGCGCAGCCGCCGGGGUCCGUGCUCUACAUCUCCUUCGGCAGCUACGCGCACGUGACGCGGCGGGAGCUCCACGAGAUCGCCGCGGGCGUGCUGGCCAGCGGCGCCCGGUUCCUGUGGGUGCUGCGCCCGGACGUGGUGAGCUCCGACGACCCGGACCCGCUUCCCGAGGGGUUCGCGGCGGCGGCGGCGGGGCGCGGCGUGGUGGUGCCGUGGUGCUGCCAGGUGGAGGUGCUGUCCCACGCCGCCGUGGGCGGGUUCCUGACGCACUGCGGCUGGAACUCCAUCCUGGAGAGCGUGUGGGCGGGCGUGCCCAUGCUGUGCUUCCCGCUGCUCACGGACCAGAUCACCAACCGCCGGCUCGUCGCGCGGGAGUGGCGCGCCGGCGUCUCCAUCGGGGACCGCGGCGCAGUGCACGCCGCCGAGGUGAGGGCGCGGGUCGAGGGGGUGAUGGGCGGGGAGGAGGGGGUGAAGCUCAGGGAGCAGGUGAGGAAGCUCAGGGCCACGCUCGAGGCCGCCGUGGCGCCCGGGGGAUCGUCGAGGAGCAGCUUUGACGAGUUCGUCGACGUGUUGAAGCGCCGGUGCGGCGGCGGCCAGUGAUGAUGACCCGAGCAGAGGCGACCCUGCCCCCUGUCCGACGGAGACCUCGCGGGGAGGUGGUGGCCUGGAAUGGAAUACGUGCGCGAUGCACAUCGCCAAGCACAUUGGCAUGUAUCAUGUUGUAGACGCUUUGUUUCCUCCAGUCAAGUGUACUACCGUCGAACAUAAACUGGCUCGAUCGAAGCGUGUGUACGGUCGGCCAUUGUUGUGCAGGUUUGAUGUCUACGUACUACUGUUACUGUACCGUUGGCUGAACACAGUACUACAUGUCAAUGCCGAAACAGAGAAUUAUCCCUAGUUCACUACAGGCAAAAAAAAAUGUUACUCUA